GGUGCACUCACUAAGUUUGCAAAGCGCAAAAACUCAUCAUUUGCAGCAGCCCUCCCUCUCCCUCUCUUUCCAAAAACAUACGGAGCAGUCAGAGGUGAUACAGCGGCGGUUACACUGGGACGAGGUAUCACUGCGCAAGAAAAGGUAGGACCAAAGAUUAAGUGAAUGAAUGUCACUUGUAUUUGUUUAGCAAAGAAGGAAAGGAUUUAAGGAUGGAUUGCAUGGCAGGAUAACGUAUUUUACGCACAAGACCUAUGAGUUUGUCCUGUUUUUCUUUCAGCUUAAUCCAAGACGCGGAAUAUACUGCCUGCAGAUUUCAACCCAAGCAUGAAACCUCAAUAUUUCGCUGUUGGUUUGAUACUUUUGUGCAUAUCUUGCGGAGCAAGUGCACUGGCAACGAGUAUCCCCGCUGUGCCGGCAAAUUUCACCAGCCCUGGCGCGGCGCACAGCCAUGGAACAGACACCACGACAAUUUCUAAAACCAGGAGGAAGCGUUAUAUCAGUCAAAACGACAUGCUCGCUAUUCUUGAUUACCAUAACAAAGUGAGAGGGAAGGUUUUUCCACCUGCAUCAAACAUGGAAUACAUGGUAAGUGAAAGCUAUCAGGUCGUUAUUUAAAAGUGCAUGUAUCCCUGUACAAUGCAUAAUAGUACUAAGGUUAUCUAUUGUGUCCCCACUUUUUGGUAAUUAUUUUGUAAGUUGUUACAGAAGUUUUAUGUGCAUUUUCUGCUACUGCAAAAAAUGCCUGCAUCAUGUGAAAUAGACAUUUGAGGCAUGAAUUUCGCAUGAAUAGAUGUAAUUAAGAAAGGAAGUUGAGUGACAAAUGUCUGUCAGCUUCUUGACACCUUCAGCUGUUCAGCAGAUUUCACAGAAGCAGACCACCAAAGUAGUCACUUCCAAAGGAAGAGGGGUCAUGUAUGGUCCUGGUAGCCUGCUGGUAGUGUGAUAUUGAGAGGGCAGUAGAGGUCUCUUUAAGACCUGUUGGGUUGGAGGUCUGAUCCGUUCAAAAUCUGCCACUUAUUUUAUAUUAUUUCAUGUUUCAGCUCCAAAUUAAAGCUUUUGCAGUGAUAUUGAAUACAUUUUACUCUUGUUAAAAGUUACAAAUCAAGUCAACACAUUUCCGAGUAAAAACGAGGAAUCUCCAUUCAUGGAAGUUGCACUGUUAGCAAGUGCAUGCAUUGAACGGGUCUCCUCUGAAAAAAGCUGCUGUUAGAGGUUAUCCACCAGUGAAAGUACGCAAGACUGAAGCAGCUGUUUUGAUUGUGGUAUUCUUAAAGCUCUCCAGCUCCCCGUCAAGUGAAAGAGUUACAUGGGAUACUGGGCAACUAACUUUCUCCACUUAUGUAACUGAUUUGGCGGAUGGCCGUUGCCAAGGUAACCCCUGAAACUGCGCUAUGAGCUCAGAAAGUGCCGUCUCUUAUCUGACAUCUUGCUGCUGAAUGAAGAUCUGCUGCAGUGUUGAUAUUUUUCCAUCAGUUAUGUAAUGGCCUGACAUCUCUCUCUCUCUCCAUCUCUCUCUCUCUCUGUCUUUCUAGGUUUGGGACGACACUCUGGCAAAGACGGCCGAGGACUGGGCUCAUGCCUGCCUGUGGGAGCACGGUCCGCCUAACCUUCUCCGGUUCCUUGGUCAGAACCUCUCCGUCAGGACAGGACGGUGGGUGACCUUUACCCCUCUUCCCCUUCCCCCUCCCCUGACAUCUGCUGCUCCUCUUAGGGACGGCUCUCUCGCUCUCAGCAGUCAUGGUCGUUGCCUUGCAGCCCCCUUCUCCUCUCUCCUAAAAGUUUUUGCACUGUGACCUGGUGACUGCUUGAGGAAUGCUCUGGUGACCCCUCAGAUAAACACAACUUGUGUUUUCAGCCAUGACCCAUGAGGACAAAGGCACAUCCCUUCAGAGGGUCUAGACUUUCCAUUCGGAAACCUCCACGUGUUUGAACACUCUUAGGUUUUAUUGAGGGACAACUUUAGACCGGAGGGAGAAUAGCUCUACUGAAUUUACACCUGACCUGCUUUUGAUACCGCACAACGAUACCAUUCUGUUGGUAUUAUGACUAGUAAUGAGACUAACAUGUCCUUAUGUAUGAAUUGCUGACUUAAACUUACUUUAACAGGCUUCAUUUGUCCCCUAGAACAACACCAGGAGGUGAACUGAAGGUGGUCCUUUAGCAGCUACGAUUGGCCCACCUGUCAACCAAUUCAUGCCCCUUUAUUAUGCCUGAUAAUGCCAAACUCAUAACCUUAUUAAAAAAUGAGGUUUGACAACACUACAGUGUAAAAAGGUCUAAGAAUUGUCAGUUUCUUUUUUUCGCCAGGCUGUAAACAAUGUAAAUGUUUAUUUCUGAUGUAAAGAUGAGCAUUUUAACAUGGGUGUUAAUGGAGUCUCUUUGGGUUUUGGGUUCAGCUCAAGUGGACACUUGAGGAACUGCAGUUUUUAGCACUUACGCAUUGGCAUCACUUCUACUAUUACAAAUUUCAAAAAGUGUCAACAAUUUUUAAUUUUUCCCUGGGCACCUUGAAAAGGCUUAAAUUAGUUGUACUAGCUUUUGAAGUCAACUCUUUAUGCAGAUACUUUGGGACUGCAGUGUGAGGCACUUCCAUACUGGCUUCAUCGGGGGUUGCUACUUGGGUUGGGCUGAUCACACUGCUGCCUCAUUUCCUUUGGCAAGUCAGCUUUUUGCACUUCGGUGCAUGUUUGGAUAUCUCACAAAGAAACUUGGCCGCAUGAAAACAAUCAUGAGAGUUUGAUCAUUGUUAAGUAAUAAAAUUGUUGCCUCUUGGCUGCAAACUCUGGUUCGUUUCCAGUUUCUCAAAUGUGGAUGCAGUCAUGAUGUAAAUGGAGCAGAUGUUCUAAACACUAUUACAAAGAACAUUUGGCCUGGUCCACAACGUGACAUCAACAAAUAUCCCUUUACGCAGGCUUCAAGUCCAGACACACUAUUGACGACUUGGAAGACAUUAUUUUAGAGGAAAUAUGGGAUUUAAGAAAGACAGGGCUAACAUGGGAAGAACUGGGAACUGAAAGGGGGCUGAGAUUUGAACUCAGGAAAUGUCCACAUGAGUUGCGUUGAUCAGUUGGAACAUCCAAAUUAAUAUUUAUAUCAUAUCCAAUAUUUUUUUACAGUUAUCGAUCUAUUCUCCAGCUGGUGAAGCCAUGGUAUGAUGAGGUCAAAGAUUAUGUCUUUCCAUACCCCCGCGACUGCAACCCCCGGUGCCCUCUCAGGUGUUAUGGACCCAUGUGUACUCAUUACACACAGGUACAUAGAUCAAAAUCAAUGUUACACGUUAAUAUGUGUAAUUCUAGUAUCAUUUGCAUUCAAUAUCCUCCUCCUUCUUUAUUUACAGAUGGUCUGGGCGACAUCCAACAAAGUAGGCUGUGCAGUGCAUACAUGCCAUAAUAUGAACGUAUGGGGUGCAGUGUGGAAACGGGCGACAUAUUUAGUCUGCAACUACUCACCAAAGUAAGUAAAUUGAGGUUUAAAUGUAUGGUUUUGCUUCUUGUACAGUGUUACUUACAUAAGCUGUAAGGAAGCCCGCUAAUUCCUGUGAACCUGUUAACCCGAUGACGAUAGGGUGACCACGGCUUAAUCACGACACAGGCGGCUCUGUUCCGUGCUGAGCUGUGAAAUGCCACCCAUGUAGCUGAGAGAGUCAGAUAACCUCGAUACAAGCCCGUGAACCGGUACUGCAUUAGCGUUGCCCUGCAGACCCACGUAACAGACCAAGGGCUCUCUAAAAAAUCCAAAGAAUUAAAAGCUGUUUGGACUUAUGACUGACUUGUGACCCAGGUACUCUAAUCCUGCUGGUUGCAGACACAUGUCAGAGGAACAGGCUGAGGACAGUGAUGACCCAUUUCAGCUUGCUGGUUGAAAAGCAGGACUACGUUUUUAGAUUUUACAGACACUCUAAUCUGGAUUGUUUGUAGAGAAAAUAGCAAGGCAUGCUUGCUUGAGCAUCCAAUGCAUCUCAAACAUACACAUACUGAAGUUGCUCAUAUACUACAGAUUGAAUGUCUGGAUGCACUUUCUCUUAUCUUCAGACUACCUCAGUGCUUUUUACACCACAUGGUCUAACAUGGUCUGGACAGAGUCUAAUAUUAGCAAAUAUUCAUACAAUGAUGGCUAUGCCUUUGGGAGACAUUUGGGGUAAAUAAUUUCACCAUGUAGGCUAGGGUGGUCUUGGGAAAGAAAACAACCAACCUACCAACCGAUGAAAAGAUGACAUGCUUAACAUUCACUCAAGUAUGCAUGCUGAUGUCCAAAAGUGAUUGAACAGUGGCCAAACUGUCAUGGAGUUUUAAGAAAUGUAAAUAUCCAUUAUGAGCACUUGAACAGGGUGCAACUAUACAUUAAUUCACACAUUAUAUUGCACUUUUUAUAAUUGCUUCAUAUUGGGUAGACUUUUUUAAACAUUUUAAUCAAACAAAAUUCACUGAUACCAUUCCUAUUUCUUCCUCCAAGGGGUAACUGGAUCGGAGAGGCCCCCUACAAAGUAGGCGUCCCCUGCUCCGCCUGCCCUCCCAGCUACGGGGGCUCCUGCAGCAACAACAUGUGCUUCCCUGCUCUUAAGACAAACUACCUGCACUGGUUCAAAUAAAGACAGGUUUUCUUUCUGACAUAAGCUGACACCGUACAGUACCACACAGACACAACUUCAAGCCUUUAAGGAUUUGCACAGCAGUCUUGGACCACACUAUUUUGUAUAUAUGGGCUUAUUUAAAGAUAAACAUACAUUUGAAGGCAGCAAAUGAUUUAGCGAUGACUUGUAAAUAAAGUGUAAAUUAAUGUCAUUUGUGGCAGAAUUGCUAUGAUUAUUUUAAUUGAUUGAGUAUAAUUUAUGUUAAGAGUGGGUCCUUAAACACAAUAUAUAUAUCAUAUAUGGUGCUGCAUUUUCACUAUUUGUUUACCAUUGACAAUAUGGUAAUUAAUGGUGCUGCAUUUUCACUAUUUGUUUACCAUUGACAAUAUGGUAAUUAAGGUCAUAACAGGAUCAUAGCUGCUCAUACCUGCUCACUUUGGUGCUACAGGCAUCACACCUUCAUGUUGUGUGCUCUGCCUCCACAGGAAUGUUGUGAUGUUGAGAUCAAAGCUUUUGACCUUAGCGGGGAAAACCUACACUGCUGGUCUCAGCUUUGUAGCUACUCUGGGUGAACCGAACCUCAGUUUUCUUGCAAUUUUCCUUUAUGUCCUGCAUCAAAUUUGUGAAAGCUCGUUGGCAAAAGUGCACUUAAGAAAAAUGAAAUCAAUUCACAACAUCAGGGAGAUGGUACGGUGCUUGUUUAAAGGUCCUAUGUCAGCAUAGAUUAUUCCUCUGGUGUCAAAAGCCCUUUUUCUUUCAGCGUUCACACUGUUUAAUCUGCACUGACAGGGUUAUAUUUCAGAACAAUCAUGCUACUUUGAAGAAUUUCCAACUUUUCUUUCACCCUUCAUACUUAAAAGAGCACAUACUACAAAUCUGACCCUCAUAUUUCUUUUCUAAUUGCAUUUGUACAUUGUAUAUUGGUGUGUUAUAUACCAAUACACUCUUAUAUUGGACAAAUCCAUUGUUUAUAUUUUGUUAUGAUCACUGAUGUAGUUUGGUUUGGGGUCUAGGCACUCAAGUGCACCUUAAUUGUUUGUAAAUUGCCAAAAUACUUGGAAAUUAUUUUUUGUACAUGUAGAUAAUCAUUAUACCUUGUGUAUCCGUAAACAAGCAUACUGUAAGUUAUUCAUUUUUAUAUGGGGAAAAAUAUUUAAUUGAUUGUAAUUUUUUUUUAUUUUUUUGUAAAAACACUGUAAAUAUAUGAAAAUUAUUAAAAAGUGCUGAAUGUGGUUCAA